CACGGAAAACUUUCCUAGUAGCGGCUGCACACGCUCUGCGAAACGAAGCAACGCGCGCGAUACUCGAAACUCUAUGCAAGCGACCCCAAAGUGCUAAAAAUUAAAAAUAUCACGCACAAUAGACUAUGGAAGUUGUUGACAAAUAAAACCACUUUCAUCGAUACCGUCUGACGGCGAUACUUUUUACGAGGACUGAACGAUAAGAUUUUUCUUUGCAGUGAAGUUUCACAUUUUAUGAUAAGGGUUUUUGAUUUGCAGUUGCGACUAAGACUACGUUUUUCAUGUAUGAAGUACAUCAGGCAACAAGUAUAAAUGAAGGAGGUCGGGUGAUUAGGAACUAUCCCAUGUGGGACUUGAACCUUGUGUGGAACACGAUCGAUAGUUGAUAAGGUUAUAUAAUAUAAGGGAACGUAAAAUAUAUCAAAAUGCAGUUCAUACGAUCCUUUUUUAAACGGAUCACUGAUGAUCUCAAACAGAAGAAACUUAUACCACUCAAGAUAUUAUUUUUCGUGCAUGCAUCUACUUUAUUCGUGUUGUACCCCUACCUGACAAUUCAUAUGCGAGAAUUAGGCAUCAACGUGGAGGAGACUGCGAUCAUGUCGGCCGUCACUCCGGUGGUGUCGAUCGUGAUGCCUCCACUGGCCGGCAUGCUGGCGGACAAAAUUGGCAAUUUCAGGUGUCUUUUGGCGCUGUCAUCCGUCCUUGGCGGAGCAUCAGCGCUUCUCCUGCUGGCAGUGCCAGUAGGUCGAAUCACCGUCACCUUUCCGCCUUUGGCCGAGCUCAUGGUCACGUGCAACAACACCGGCCUGCAGUUACGACAUAUGAAGGACUACCCUUGCAUACCUCUGCACCCGUACUCUUAUGAUAUUAACCUAUCGAUAUUAUCAUGUGGAUUUGUCUGUGAAAUGCCGGACGCCAUUACUACGGAGGACGUAGAAGAAAUAAUACACGGACAUUCGUAUGAUAUCCAUUUAGAGUCGCCUAUUGAAUCUCAACGGUUGGUAUAUAGGCAUACAGUAUCAUCACUAUUCCCGCGUAACAUGGCUCCUAAGAAGGAUCAGAGUACUUCACGCAUAAUGACCAACGAUCCGUACUUCAAUACAACGGUAUCAAUAAUUUCUGAUAGCGAAAUAUUCUUUCCUGCCCCUCAUUUGUACAAAAUCGAUUGUUCUUACGAUUCGAGCAAUGGAUCGUGCUUAUUUGGAAAUGGCGACGUGAUAAAUCAAGCUGAAGAAUUUAACGACGAUACGAUAUUUCGACUGAGGAUAUCGCAUGACGCUCAAAAAGCGCCAGUCGAUGUCAGGAGCUACUGGGUUAGAUCGAUAUCUACAGGCAAUUCAACCAAAGUCGGUGACGAUUUCGAUGGAAUUGACAGCGUUAUGUGCCAAGAUAGUUUUCUGGAGACGGGCGAAGGUGUAAGGAUACAAGCGGGUCAACGGCGCCUGUCGCAGUGCUCAGCUGCGUGCGCAGCCACAGUCCCGCGGAGGAGUCUCUGUGACAACCAACAGCAGCAAAUUGAAAUAGAUCCAGCCUUCACAUUUUGGGCAUACCUUGCUGUGCGUGUAUUUAUCGGAAUUAUCGGAGGUACAGCGUUCGCAAUGUUCGAAGGGGCUGUCAUUGCAAUCGUGAGAGAGCAAAGAGCUGACUACGGUCUUCAGCGAGUUUACGGCAGCAUUGGUGGCAUGAUUUCCUCGCCACUUUCCGGUCUAUUGAUUGACUAUGCAAGUAGGGGGAAGGGAUACACGGAUUUUAGACCCGCAUUCUACUUAUACGCGGUACUGAAAGUCGCUUCAGGAGUGCUUAUGCUGAGUAUUGACUUGGAAUUCAAAAAGCCUGCUCAGAACCUCCUCGAAGAUGUCAUCUCGGUCUUCCGCAAUAUUGAGAUUGUCGCUCUGUUUAUUGCUUGUUUCAUUAUGGGAACGGCCUGGGGCUACAUAGAGAGCUUCCUCUUCUGGCUGCUGCAAGACCUGGGCGCGUCGCGCUCUUUGAUGGGCAUCACGAUCACCGUUGGCGGGAUAGCUGGUCUGCCGUUAUUGGUGCUGUCUGGACCAAUUAUUAGAAGAGUCGGGCAUGCUAAUGUGCUCUUUAUUGGAUUCGUGUUUUACGCUAUCCGACUGCUCGGUUAUUCCCUGAUAUACAACCCGUGGCUGUGCCUAAUCUUUGAGGCGUUGGAGUCUGUGACGUCAUCGUUGUCUUUCACUGCUGCCGUCACUUACGCCGCAAGACUUUCGUCUACUACCACCGAUACCUCUGUUCAAGGCUUACUUGGUGGCCUGUACUAUGGAGUUGGUAAGGGUGCCGGCAGCCUAAUAGGCGGGUAUUUGAUGAAAUUCUUCGGAACCAGGCCAACGUACCAAAUAUUUGCCACAGCAACUUUUAUAACUGGCUGUAUGUACUACUUAUUUAAUAAAUUUUACCUUCACAAAAGAGCAGCCAGUGACGAAAAUGAUCUGUGUAAGAAGAAACCCAAGGAGUUAGACGUUGAAUGCACGGAAACGGUCAUCAGAGAUGUGGAUAAGUUGCCCGCGGUGCUAGAUGGCACUAAGGUCGAAAGUGAUAAAGAGGAUUUGACAGUCACCAAAUCCAAGAACGGAGAUGUGAAACAACAAGCUAAGGUAGUACCAGACAAUACUGAUGGCGGCAGCGACUCAGGAGUAGACAACCCUGCAUACAAUGAAACAGAAAUUUCGACAAUUUCCAAGAAAGAUGACAAACCCAGCGGACUGUAGUUGUAAUGUUACAAUG